AUGCGCCUUCUUAAGAGUCUCCCAGCAGGCGGCGGCUUCGAGCUGACGUCUUUCGGCGACGACCUCGCUCCUCCGUACGCCAUCCUCUCGCACACCUGGACGGACGGCCAAGAAGUUACAUACAAUGAGCUGUUGGCGGGAACAGGCGCAGACAAGCGCGGCUAUGCUAAGAUCCGCUUCUGCGGCGAGCGAGCUGCAGCAGACGGCCUCGAGUACUUCUGGGUGGACACCUGCUGCAUCGACAAGUCUAAGAGCGACGAGCUGAGCACAGCGAUUAACUCUAUGUUUCGCUGGUACCAGCGCGCAGUUAAGUGCUAUGUAUACCUGACAGACGUCCUAGUGCCAGAUGAGGUCACUAACGCCGAAGCCUUCCGCAUAUCGUGGCAGCAAGCUUUUCAGUGCAGUCGGUGGUUUACAAGAGGCUGGACGCUGCAAGAGCUACUCGCGCCAGCUAGCGUCGAGUUCUUCUCCCAGGACCGCAAGCGGCUAGGCAACAGGAUCUCACUGGAGCAGGAGAUACACAGCAUUACUGGCAUAUCUAUCGAUGCGCUAAGAGGCCAAAGGCUUACCGAGUUCAGCAUUGAGGAGCGGAUGAGCUGGGCGGCGAAACGCACAACGACGGUAAAAGAGGAUAGAGUGUACUGUUUGCUCGGCAUCUUUGGGGUCUUCCUGCCGCUCAUAUAUGGUGAGGGAGAAGAGUAUGCGGCGCUGCGUCUCAAGGACGAGAUUCAGAAGCGGCAGCAAGGACGGGAGAAUGUAGAUGUGCAAGACCUGUCCGUCUCGGUGUCUCUACCUUUCCCACGAAACGAGCUCUUCGUCGGACGAGACAGCGAACUCCAGUCGAUCGAACGAGCCCUCCUUUCACCUAAUACCCACCGACGGAUAACUAUAUAUGGACUAGGAGGAUGUGGAAAAUCAGCGCUUUCUCUUGAGUUUGCGUAUCGCGCACUUGCGGGACACGCUAAACGCUUAGUUUUCUGGGUGCCAGCUAUGAGUCAAGAGAGUUUCAAGCUUGCCUAUCGCGAGAUUGGAGUCCGUCUUCGUAUACCAGGGAUCAGCGAUGACAACGCGGACGUUAAGCGACUUGUUAAGGAGACAUUAAGCUUAGCAAACGUAGGCGAUUGGCUAAUGAUCGUCGACAACGCCGAUGACUCUCAGGUCUUGGUAGGAGUGGACAAUGAAAGCCAUGAGUCAGCUCGAUUAAUCGACUAUAUUCCGCACAGCAACAAAGGCGCAAUUCUUUUUACCACUCGCAGUAGGAAGGCGGCUACGGACUUGACCCAGAGUGAUAUCCUCGAGCUAAACGACAUAGGCAACGCUGAGGCUAGGCAGCUGCUUGCGCGGCGAACGACGAGACAAGCAUUGCUGAACGAUGAGGCGGCGGUUGACGUAUUGCUGGAGACAUUUGCAGGCCUGCCGCUUGCUAUCGUGCAGGCAGCCGCUUUUAUGAACCAAAACGAUACAUCAGUCUCCGAGUACGUAUCGCUACUCCAGCAUGCUGGCACGAAAGCCGAGCUCUUUAGCGAGCACUUUGAAGAUCCUAGCAGAUACCACAGUAUGGAUAGCACGAUUGCAAAGACAUGGCACAUCUCUUUUGAGCAAAUUCGGAGACAAGACCCUCUUGCAGUAGAGUACCUCUCGUUCAUUGCAUGCAUUGAUCGUAUUAACAUUCCUCAGUCGCUGUUGCUGCCGGGAGGAUCUGUUGUGCAGCAGACGAAAGCACUUGGAACGCUGACAGGAUACGCAUUUAUCGCAGAGCGCCAGCAGACUGUGCCAGGAUCCAGCAAAGAGAGGCUUUUUGAUAUGCACCGACUAGUGCACAUGGCGUUGAUCUGGUGGCUAGAGGGCCAUGGUGAGCGGGCGGACUGGGCAGGCACAGCAGCAGCCCGAGCCGAAGAACUAGUGCCGUACGGCGGGCAUGAAGGAAAAGAAGUAUGGGGCGCGUACCUCCCACAUGUAACGUACGUGGCUGGACUCGUUGACGUUGUAGAUGGCGCAGUGAGUGCUUCACUCCUAGAACGCCUGGGCCGGUGUCAGGAGAGUCUAGGGCAAUAUCCAUCAGCAGAGACGUCGCACCGAAAAGCAUCGUCCUUGGGGAAGGAGGUGCUUGGGCGUGAGCAUCCAGACACGCUGACGAGCAUGAGUAACUUGGCGGGAGUGCUGGGUCGCCAAGGCAAGUACAAGGAGGCGGAAGUGAUGAACAGGCAGAUGCUGGCGCUGUCUGAGACGGUGCUUGGGCGUGAGCAUCCAGACACGCUGACGAGCAUGAGUAACUUGGCGGGAGUGCUGGGUCGCCAAGGCAAGUACGAGGAGGCGGAAGCGAUGAACAGGCAGACGCUGGCGCUAAAAGAGACAGUGCUUGGGCGUGAGCAUCCAGACACGCUGACGAGCAUGAGUAACUUGGCGGGAGUGCUGGAUCGCCAAGGCAAGUACGAGGAGGCGGAAGCGAUGAACAGGCAGACGCUGGCGCUGUCUGAGACGGUGCUUGGGCGUGAGCAUCCAGAGACACUGACGAGCAUGAGUAACUUAGCGCUCGUGCUGGGUCGCCAAGGCAAGUACAAGGAGGCGGAAGCGAUGAACAGGCAGACGCUGGCGCUGAAAGAGACGGUGCUUGGGCGUGAGCAUCCAGACACGCUGACUAGUGUCUACUGCCUUGCACACCUUCUUGCCGAACAGCAUCGUGUAGAGGAGUCUUUGCGUCUGUAUCAGAGGGCAUCCACCGGAUACGACACCGUCCUUGGAAACGACCAUCCUAUUACCCUGGCCUGUCACCAACAUUACGCUAACCUAUGCGCAUCGCAAGAGCAGCAGUAG